CUACUACUACUACUACUACUUUCACUACUCUAUUAAUUAUGGAUUCACAAGGCUUACCUCCUGGAUGGUCAGUGGGUUAUGAUAGUGUCACCGGUUUCCCCUAUUUUAUUGAUCAUAUUAAUAAAUCUACCACAUGGGAAGAUCCCCGAAAGUCUAAAAAUCAGGUACAUCCUAUCACCUCAUCAUCAACCAGCAGUAAUACCAAUAACCAUCACCAUCAGUUUGAAAGAGAACAACAGUCAUCACCAAACUGUUCUGAUAAAAAAUAUCAUGAGAAUACUUCAACAACAAAUGAAACUCAACCAUCAUCAUCCUCGUCAAUACCUAUUAAAUCAGAGCAUGCAGAAUGUCAUGAUAGCAAUGAAACAGCACAAUUAUUAGAUCCAAUGUCUCUCAUAGAACAUGCUCAAAGUGAACUUGAAGAAUUGAAAGCUAAGAUUAUUGAUUAUUUUCCGACAUGUAAAGAUAAAGCAUACCUUCUUUUUGAGGAUAAACUUGAAAAGUUGACACUACGAUUGGAUAAUAUCGAUUCUGCUGGAGAUUCAGCCAUACGGAAUAAACGUCGAGAAGUGAUAUUGUCUAUUCAAAGUGUUCUAAAUAGUUUAGAGGAUAAACUGACUAAUCAACUGAUUGUAGUGAAAUGGGAAUCAGAUAGUCAUAAUCUAUCAUCUGUUGACAAUAAUACCGAACCUCAAGAUUCUGAACAACAACAACAACUUGACUGUGAAACAGUUACUCAUCAAACUUUUAACAAAGAUAAUCAACAUGAAUGAAGAACGCAUAACUGACUCACCUUCAUCGUAUUUCUAUUCUUAGAAGGUAGCAGUAGGCAGGCGUAUAGCCAACUUCUUAUUUUUCUCAUUUCUUUUCAUUGGAUUAAUUGGUUUCCUGUACAAAACAGAAUAAUAAUCAUAAUAUCUUUUCCAUUAUAUUAUCU